AUGGGAACCCUAACUGCAACAACAAAUCCUCCCAAUGAGCAACCUCCGCAAACCGCCGAGCUCCCCACCACCACCGCCGCCGCCAAAACUACCUCCGCCAAGAAGCUGACCUUAAUCCCCCUCAUAUUCCUCAUCUACUUCGAGGUCGCCGGAGGUCCCUACGGCGAGGAGCCCGCCGUCCAGGCCGCCGGACCCCUCUUCGCAAUCCUUGGCUUCCUCAUAUUCCCCUUUAUAUGGAGCAUUCCGGAAGCACUAAUCACAGCCGAGCUCUCCACCGCAUUCCCGGGAAACGGCGGGUACGUGACUUGGGCCGACAGCGCCUUCGGGCCCUUCUUCGGCUCCAUGAUGGGCACCUGGAAGUUCCUCAGCGGCGUCAUCAACAUCGCCGCCUUCCCCGCCCUCGCCAUCGGCUACCUCAAGCGAAUUUUCCCGAUAUUCGCCUCAGGAACCCCUCGAAAACUAGCCAUCCUAAUUUCAACCCUUUUACUCUCCUUUCUCAACUACACAGGCCUCUCCGUGGUCGGCCAUUUCGCCGUCGUAUUAGGGAUUGUCUCCUUAGCCCCUUUCAUAAUAAUGUCCCUAAUCGCAAUCCCCCAAAUCAAACCCCAUCGAUGGAUCAGUUUAGGUCAGAGCGGGGUCAAGCACGAUUGGAACCUAUUCUUCAAUACUCUCUUCUGGAAUCUCAAUUUCUGGGACACCGCCAGCACCAUGGCCGGCGAAGUGGACAAGCCACACAAGACCUUCCCAUUAGCCCUGCUCUCCGCCGUGAUAUUGACUUGCUUGGGAUACCUAAUCCCUCUGGUGGCCGUGACUGGGGCCGUCUCGGUUGACCAGAGCCUGUGGGAGGCCGGGUUCAUGGCGGACGCGGCCCAGACAAUCUCCGGCAAGUGGCUCAAGUUCUGGAUUGAGAUCGGGGCCGUGUUGUCCGCAAUUGGGCUUUUCGAGGCCCAAUUGAGCAGCUGCUCGUACCAGAUGCUGGGAAUGGCUGACCUGGCGGUGCUUCCGAGAUUCUUCGCGUUGAGGUCCAAGUGGUUCAACACGCCCUGGGUCGGGAUUCUGGUUUCGGCUGUGAUUGCGUUGGGGGUUUCGUAUAUGACUUACACGGACCUUGUGGCAUGCGCAAACUUUCUCUACAGUUUGGGGAUGCUGUUGGAGUUUGCGUCUUUUGUGUGGCUGAGGAGGAAGUACCCGCUGAUGAAGAGGCCUUACCGGGUGCCGAUGGGCCUGCCGGGGCUCGUGCUCAUGUGUUUGGUGCCGUCUGGGUUUCUGAUCUACAUAAUGUCCAUAGCCACCAAGACGGUAUACCUGGUGAGUGGGGGUAUGACUGCGGCUGGGAUUAUGUGGUAUUUUUUGAUGAGGCUUUGCAAGUCAAAGGGAUGGUUCAGGUUUAGGAGGGUUGACAAUGGGGUCGACACUUCCUGA